ACAUUGCGAUCAAGGCCCCCCCAGGCCCCAAUGAAGGGGAUUUUGUCAAUCGAAAGGGGGUUCACAGUAUAAAUGUGCAGAUGGUGUGUGACUCUAUGUGCCAUAUCACAAAUGUGGAAGCUAAAUGGCCCGGAUCAGUGCAUGACUCAAGAAUUUUCAGAGAGUCAGGGUUAUGCACAUUAUUUGAGCGUGGGGCCUACGAUGGGAUUCUCCUUGGAGACAGGGGUUAUGCAUGCAGGCAGUACUUCAUGACACCGUUCCCUGACCCCAACCCUGGGCCACAAACCCGCUACAAUGCAGCUCUAGCCAGGACAAGGGCACGCAUUGAAAUGACCUUUGGGCAAAUAAAGGGAAGAUUUCAGUGUCUGAAAAGUCUGAGGGUUGCACCUGACAGGGCAUGUGACAUUAUUGUUGCAUGUGCCGUACUGCACAACAUUGCCACCAUCAGAAAGGAGAGGACUCCUGUGGUGGAGGUGCAGCCUGAUGAUGACCUCCAGCCAGUGCACUUGGACCAACCUAGUGGCAGAGCUGCACGGGACAGAAUUGUGCAACACUAUUUCGAAUAUUAAAAACAUGACAAAACAUAUUUUUCAUU